UAGCACUUAUAUAUACCAAACUUAACUUAUUCCAAACUACCAAAAAUGUUAAGAUUUUGACUGUAUUUUCAGAUUGAAGUUUAACUGGAAAAGACCUCCAUCAUGGUUCCAGCUUUCCUCUUCAUCCUCCUCCUCUCAUUGACGGCUGUUCCUCCGGGCGCAACUGAUGAUGGAGAUGAAGCAGAAGAUUCUUUGGACGCCUCUGAAAUCAUUGCAAGAGCAAAUGCUAACAUACCAACGAACCUGAUUCACGGUGACAUUGUCCCAAACAUGAACAGGAAUGCAGACCCUUGCACAGCCCGAGGCUGCAAAUGGCCUAAAUCUGGACCCUUUGUCAUAGUGCCUGUCAGUAUCUCCUCCUCCUACAGCAGAAAUGAGCGCAACACCAUCAUUAGAAGCCUGUUGACCUUCCACCGCACCACAUGCAUUCGCUUUGUCUGGAGGCGAUGGCAUCGUAACUACCUCUACUUCUUCUCUGGCAGUGGGUGCUGGUCCUACCUGGGCCGUCAGUCAAGAGGACAGGCGAUCUCCCUGAGGAAGAACGGUUGUUUGUACACGGACACCAUACAGCAUGAGGCUCUCCAUGCUCUCGGCUUCCAUCACGAGCACGUCCGCUCCGACAGAGACAGAUACGUCAGAAUCCUCACUGAGAACAUCAUGUCAGGAAGGGAAUCAAACUUCGAGAAGGUGGGGACUAACAACCUGGGUACUCCCUACGACUUCAACUCUGUCAUGCACUACAGCAAAUUUGCCUUCUCCAAAAACAGGAGGCCUACCAUCAUUGCCAAGAGCAAUCCUAACCUUUCCUUCGGACGCGCCAGAACGAUGAGCGCCAAUGACAUCGCCCGCGUCAACAGGCUUUACGGAUGCAAUUGAGAGGGUCGGCCUCCAGAUUCUUCAACUCUUGGCCCGUCAUGAUUACUGAAGUAGAUUACUGUUCUACUUCAAGAAUAUUAAUAAUUAAUGAAUUAAUUUCUUCUUUUUCGUGGUGUUUCAAUUUGGGAUUUCUCUUUACUUUGUUUAAAUCCUGGAAAUUUAUCCAGUUAUGAUUCAUAACCAAUUACUUUGUAUUCAUUUCUUCAAUGAAGUGAGACAUAAAUAAAAAAAAGCAAUAAAAAUAAA